CUAAUGAAAGAGCUCACUGUUUUUCCCCAUCAGAAAGAGAGAGAAAGCUAUAAGAAUCUAUCACAUGAAAGAGAAAGCAAACUCAAAUACUAUCUCUUUCUGUUGGCUUACUUCUUUUCAUUUUAUUUCCAAAAAAAGGAAAAAGAUGCAAAAUUUUGUUUCUUUAAGUUUCUGCCCUCUCUCUAUUCUUGGUCAUUGGAGCAAAGAAAUAAGGUAAACAACAACUUGCUUAAAAAUCUCUUCUCUUUCUGUUUAAUUUGUUGAUUUUUGAGUUGGAGGCACAACCCUUUUAUGUCAAUACAAGAUAGUAUAUUCGUUUGAAGAAGUAAAGAAAAAAAACACUACCUACCAUAUGGUGCAUUUUGUAAAGAAACUGCUUAGUCUUAAGCUAAAAGGAACAUUCAAAAGCCCUCAAGUUCAUGCCUCGAGUCCACCAAAUACCACAAUUGUUAACACUAUUGGCUCUUCUUCCGUAGCUAGUAAGCUUAGUAAAUAACAAAGAUUGAGACUCAUAGGACCAAAACUCAAAUCCAGUAAGGUCUGCUGUCUCAGGAGCUAAAAUCAUGCUUCCUUUUGGACUUCCUAAAACUGACCACCUUGAACCAACCAUAGAACCUCAAUUAAAACCAAUUCAGUUGGUAGAAACCUUAGCUGAUCUUUACCGCCGCCUUGGGACUUGUUUAGAAUCAGAGAAAUCAUUGAUAUGCAUUGAGCAGUACUUGAUUUUGAGUAGCCUUGGCGAUCCUAAGUUAUUGAGAAGGUGUCUCCGUGCUGCAAGGCAACAUGCCUUUGAUGUGCACUCCAAGGUGGUUUUAUCAGCUUUGUUAAGGUAUGAGAGGAGAGAAGAUGAACAUGAUGGUGUAUCACCAAUGGAUUGCUGUAGUUUCAUUCUUGAAUGUCCUAAGGCUACUCUGGAAUCUGGGUGUGAUCUGAAUUCAAUUUAUGACCACUGCAAGUGUUAUCAAGAGUGUACUAACUCCGCUGAUGCGCAAAUCUCCAAGGAGGAUGAGCUUUUGACAUUGGAAGAAGAUAGUGAUAUCUCCUUUUGUGUUGGCAAUGAGGAGAUUGAUUGUGUUCGAUCUAAAAUUGCUGCACUUUCAACUCCUUUUAAGGCAAUGCUAUGUGGAAGUUUCAUUGAGUCAAAAAGAUCUAAAAUUGAUUUUUCACAAAAUGGGAUCUCUGUUGAGCUAAUGAAAGCUGUGGAUUUGUACAGUAGGACUAAGAGGGUGGACAUGUUUUCUCCUAAGAUUGUUCUGGAGCUCUUAUCUUUUGCAGAAAGGUUCUGUUGUGAGGAAAUGAAGUCGGCUUGCGAUAUUCAUUUGGCAACCUUUGUCAACUGUAUGGAGGAUGUUUUGGUCCUUAUUGAAUAUGGGUUAGAGGACAGGGCAAAUGUUCUAGUAGCUUCAUGUUUGCAGGUGCUGCUAAGAGAGCUCCCAAGUUCUCUUCAUAGCCCCAAAGUGAUGAGGAUAUUUUGUAGCUCUGAGGCAAGGGAGAGAUUGGCAUCAGCUGGACAUGCUUCUUUCUUGCUGUAUUAUUUCCUAAGUCAGGUGGUUAUGGAAGAGGAUAAGGUGUCAAAUACAACAGUGAUGUUGUUAGAAAGGUUGAAAGAAUGUGCCACAUUAAAGUGGCAGAAGGCUCUAGCUUUGCAUCAAUUGGGUUGCGUGUGGCUCGAGAGACUAGAGUACAAAAGUGCUCAAUGUUAUUUUGAAGCAGCUACUGAGGCAGGUCAUGUUUAUUCAUUAGCUGGUCUUGCAAGAUCUAGGUACAAGCAAGGGCAACAGCAUUCAGCCUACAAGUUGAUGAACACACUUAUCUCCGAGUAUAAAGCGGUCGGGUGGAUGUAUCAAGAACGAUCUUUGUAUAAUACUGGGGAGAAUAAGAUUGCUGAUUUGAACACUGCAACUGAAUUGGAUCCCACCCUAUCCUUCCCAUAUAAAUAUAGAGCAGUCUCAAAAGCAGAGAAGAAACAAACUAAGGAUGCUAUUUCAGAGAUUGACAGAAUCAUUCAAUUCAAGCUUGCACCAGACUGCCUUGAAUUACGGGCUUGGUUCUUCAUAGCGAUUGAGGAUUAUGGAAGUGCUUUGAGAGAUAUCAGAGCAAUGUUAACUUUGGAGCCAAGUUACAAGAUGUUCAAUGUGCGAUUAAGCGGGGAUGAUUUGAUAGAUCUCCUGAACCAUAAGGUUCAGCAAGGAAGUCAAGCUGACUGCUGGCUGCAACUUUAUGAUCAAUGGUCUUCCAUUGAUGAUAUUGGCUCUCUGGCUAUAAUUCACCAGAUGCUUGUUAAUGAUCCUUGGAAAAGUCUCCUUAGAUUUCGGCAAUCUCUUCUUCUUUUAAGGCUAAACUGUAAGAAGGCUGCUAUGCGAUGUUUGCAAUUAGCUUGUAACCUUUCAAGUUCUGAGCACGAAAAGUUAAUUUAUGAAGGAUGGAUUUUAUAUGACACCGGCCAUCGUGAAGAAGCACUUGCUAAGGCUGAGAAGUCCAUUUUGAUUCAAAGGUCGUUUGAAGCCUUUUUCCUGAAAGCUUACACAUUGUCAGAUUCAAAUCUGGAUCCUGAGUCUUCUUCUUAUGUCAUUGAACUUUUGGAGGAAGCAAUUAGAUGCCCUUCGGAUGGUCUUCGGAAAGGACAGGCACUCAACAAUUUAGGCAGUAAGUAUGUGGAUUCUGGUAAACUGGAUCAAGCUGCAAACUGCUAUAUGAAUGCCCUUGAUAUCAAACAUACAAAAGCUCAUCAAGGUUUAGCACGCGUAUACUUUUUAAGAAAUCAGCAAAAAGCUGCUUAUGCUGAGCUGUCCAAACUGAUAGAGAAGGCACAUAAUAAUGCCUCAGCAUAUGAGAACCGGUCGGAGUAUUGUGACAGUGAGAUGGCAAAGAAGGAUCUCAACAUGGCAACAGAACUGGAUCCACUCAGAACAUACCCAUUUAGCUACAGGGCAGCUGUGCUAAUGGAUGACCAAAAAGAAACUGAAGCAAUUGAAGAACUUUCAAAAGCCAUAGCUUUCAAGCCUGACCUACAAAUGCUUCACCUUCGAGCUGCAUUUUACGAGUCAAUUGGUAAUCUCAAUUCAGCUCUCUGUGAUUGUGAAGCAGCUCUCUGCUUAGAACCGGACCAUAUAGACACGCUUGAUCUGUAUAAUAGAGCACGGGACCAAGCUAUCCACCCUCAACAAAUUUAAGAGGCACUCUUGUUAUAUUUAUGAUAUACUUGAGGAGAGAGUUGUCAUUAGUAAGGAAAUGAAUCGUGGAGUCUUUCACAUAAUGUUACUUCCCUACUGAAAUGAUGGGGUUGCUAGAAUUUAUCUGCAGAUGGCCAUGAAAAAUGAAAGACGAGAAUUGCAUGUAAAUAUGAGGGGUGACAUAGAGCAAGUAGCCUAUCCAGCCUAUUCCUGGAUGUUGGUUUCGUGCGACAGAUUUAGGUCUACAAGGUAGUUGCAAAGGUUUAACCAUGCAGGUUAAAGGGUUUAACUCUGUUGUAAUCAUUCCUUAUAGAAAGAAAACUGUAUAUAUUGUACAAGUAUCAUUGGUUGGAAGACUUCUCAUCUAAGUUUACUUGUACUGUUGUACAUGAACAAUGUUAAAAUAGGUUUAAAUCUCUCUUUUAACUGUAA